AAGUUCCCGACUGACAAGGCCUACUUCAUCGCCAAGGAGCUUCUCACCACAGAGAGAACCUUCCAGAAGGACCUGGCGGUUAUUACCGUGGUAAGACUAGUUAUAACCAUAGUAAGACUAGUUAUAACCAUGGUAAGAAUAGUUAUAACCAUAGUAAGACUAGUUAUAACCGUGGUAAGAUUAGUUAUAACUGUAGUAAAAAUAGUUAUAACCGUGGUAAGACUAGUAGACCCCCGCAGCUACACUACCUAUACAGCUGGUGUCCUGUAGACCCCCCAGCUACACUACCUAUACAGCUGGUGUCCUGUAGACCCCCCCCCCCAGCUACACUACCUAUACAGCUGGUGUCCUGUAGACCCCCCAGCUACACUACCUAUACAGCUGGUGUCCUGUAGACCCCCCCCCCCAGCUACACUACCUAUACAGCUGGUGUCCUGUAGACCCCCCCCCCCCCCCAGCUACACUACUAUACAGCUGGUGUCCUGUAGACCCCCAGCUACACUACCUAUACAGCUGGUGUCCUGUAGACCCCCCAGCUACACUACCUAUACAGCUGGUGUCCUGUAGACCCCCCCAGCUACACUACCUAUACAGCUGGUGUCCUGUAGACCCCCCCCCCCCCCCCCCCCAGCUACACUACCUAUACAGCUGGUGUCCUGUAGACCCCCCCCCCCCCCCCCAACUACACUACCUAUACAGCUGGUGUCCUGUAGACCCCCCCCCCCCCCCCCCAACUACACUACCUAUACAGCUGGUGUCCUGUAGACCCCCCCCCCCCCCCCCCCCCCCCCAGCUACACUACUAUACAGCUGGUGUCCUGUAGACCCCCCCCCCCCAGCUACACUACCUAUACAGCUGGUGUCCUGUAGACCCCCCCCCCCCCCCCCCCAGCUACACUACCUAUACAGCUGGUGUCCUGUAGACCCCCCCCCCCCCCCAGCUACACUACCUAUACAGCUGGUGUCCUGUAGACCCCCCCCCCCCCCCCAGCUACACUACCUAUACAGCUGGUGGUCCUGUAGACCCCCCCCCCCCCCCCCCCCAGCUACACUACCUAUACAGCUGGUGUCUUGUAGACCCCCCAGCUACACUACCUAUACAGCUGGUGUCUGUAGACCCCCCAGCUACACUACCUAUACAGCUGGGUGUCCCUGUAGACCCCCCCCCCCCCCCAGCUACACUACCUAUACAGCUGGUGUCCUGUAGACCCCCCCCCCCCCCCCCCAGCUACACUACCUAUACAGCUGGUGUCCUGUAGACCCCCCAGCUACACUACCUAUACAGCUGGUGUCCUGUAGACCCCCCCCCCCCCCCCCCCAGCUACACUACCUAUACAGCUGGUGUCCUGUAGACCCCCCCCCCCCCCCAGCUACACUACCUAUACAGCCUGGUGUCCUGUAGACCCCCCCCCCCCCCCCCCCCAGCUACACUACCUAUACAGCUGGUGUCCUGUAGACCCCCCCAGCUACACUACCUAUACAGCUGGUGUCCUGUAGACCCCCCCCCCCCCCCCCCCCAGAUACACUACCUAUACAGCUGGUGUCCUGUAGACCCCCCCCCCAGCUACACUACCUAUUACAGCUGGUGUCCUGUAGACCCCCCCCCCCCCAGCUACACUACCUAUACAGCUGGUGUCCUGUAGCCCCCCCCAGCUACACUACCUAUACAGCUGGUGUCCUGUAGACCCCCCCCCCCAGCUACACUACCUAUACAGCUGGUGUCCUGUAGACCCCCCCCCCCCCCCCCCAGCUACACUACCUAUUACAGCUGGUGUCCUGUAGACCCCCCCCCCCCAGCUACACUACCUAUACAGCUGGUGUCCUGUAAACCCCCCCCCCCCCCCCCCCCCCCCCCCAGCUACACUACCUAUACAGCUGGGUGUCCUGUAGACCCCCCCCCCCCAGCUAACACUACCUAUACAGCUGGUGUCCUGUAGACCCCCCCCCCCCCCCCCAGCUACACUACCUAUACAGCUGGUGUCCUGUAGACCCCCCCCCCCCCCAGCUACACUACCUAUACAGCUGGUGUCUGUAGAGACCCCCCCCCCCCACCGCCCCCCCCCCCCCCCCCCCCCCCCCCCCCCCCAGCUUACACUACCUAUACAGACUGGUGUCCUGUAGACCCCCCCCCCCCAGCUACACUACCUAUACAGCUGGUGUCCUGUAGACCCCCCCCCCCCCCAGCUACACUACCUAUACAGCUGGUGUCCUGUAGACCCCCCCAGCUACACUACCUAUACAGCUGGUGUCCUGUAGACCCCCCCCCCCCCCCCCCCCCCCCCCAGCUACACUACCUAUACAGCUGGUGUCCUGUAGGAACCCCCCCCCCCCCCCCCCCCCCCCCCCCAGCUACACUACCUAUACAGCUGGUGUCCUGUAGACCCCCCCCCCCAGCUACACUACCUAUACAGCUGGUGUCCUGUAGACCCCCCAGCUACACUACCUAUACAGCUGGUGUCCUGUAGACCCCCCAGCUACACUACCUAUACAGCUGGUGUCCUGUAGACCCCCGCAGCUACACUACCUGUGUGUGUAAUGAGGUUCUGUGUGAGGCUGUGUGUGUGUGUGUGUAAUGAGGUUCUGUGUGAGGCUGUGUGUGUGUGUAAUGAGGUUCUGUGUGAGGCUGUGUGUGUGUGUAAUGAGGUUCUGUGUGAGGCUGUGUGUGUGUGUAAUGAGGUCCUGUGUGAGGCUGUGUGUGUGUGUAAUGAGGUUCUGUGUGAGGCUGUGUGUGUGUGUAAUGAGGUUCUGUGUGAGGCUGUGUGUGUGUGUAAUGAGGUUCUGUGUGAGGCUGUGUGUGUGUGUGUGUAAUGAGGUUCUGUGUGAGGCUGUGUGUGUGUGUGUAAUGAGGUCCUGUGUGAGGCUGUGUGUGUGUGUAAUGAGGUUCUGUGUGAGGCUGUGUGUGUGUGUAAUGAGGUUCUGUGUGAGGCUGUGUGUGUGUGUAAUGAGGUUCUGUGUGAGGCUGUGUGUGUGUGUAAUGAUUGCUGCUGGUGUAAACAAAUGGGAGGGUGUGUUAAAACAACAGGUCCCUCCCUUCCCCAGCAUAGCCAGCUACAUGGAGUGGUAUCCAGCUGGCCUCUCCUCGCUAACAGCUGUGCUGUGUUGUGUUGUGUCCCAGUGGUUCCAGGCUGUACUGAGUAAAGAGGAAGUGUAACAGCUGUGUUGUGUUGUGUCCCAGUGGUUCCAGGCUGUACUGAGUAAAGAGGAAGUCUGACAGCUGUGUUGUGUUGUGUCCCAGUGGUUCCAGGCUGUACUGAGUAAAGAGGAAGUCUGACAGCUGUGUUGUGUUGUGUCCCAGUGGUUCCAGGCUGUGCUGAGUAAAGAGGAAGUCUGACAGCUGUGUUGUGUUGUGUCCCAGUGGUUCCAGGCUGUGCUGAGUAAAGAGGAUGUCCUGCCAGACUCAGUGAGGACUCUGAUCAACACCAACUAUGAUCCAGUCUAUCAGUUCCACCAGUUCUUCCUGAAGGAGGUGGAGCAGAGGCUGCAGCAAUGGUGAGGAGGGGCGGGGGUGUGUGUGUCCCCGUACGUCCAGGUAUUCAGUACCACUCAGGACUGAAUUCAGUGCAUCACUCAGUGAGUCACUACAGCAGCCUGUCAUACAGGAAUGAUCAUCAUCAGAGACCCUGGUGGACGACCAAUCAGAGACCCUGGUGGACGACCAAUCAGAGACCCUGGUGGACGACCAAUCAGAGACCCUGGUGGAAGACCCAACAGACACCACCCUGGUGAAACACUGAGAAGAGGAAAGGAGGACCUAGAGAACACUGAGGAGAGACCUAGAGAACACUGGAGGAGAGACCUAGAGAACACUGAGGAGGAGACCUAGAGAACCACUGAGGAGAGACCUAGAGAACACUGAGGAGAGACCUAGAGACACUGAGGAGGAGACCUAGAGAACACUGAGGAGAGACCUAGAGAACACUGAGGAGAGACCUAGAGAACACUGAGGGAGAGAGACAUAGAGACACUGAGGAGAGACCUAGAGAACACUGAGGAGAGGACCUAGAGAACACUGAGGAGAGACCUAGAGAACAUGAGGAGAGACCUAGAGAACACUGAGGAGAGACCUAGAGAACACUGAGGAGAGACCUAGAGAACACUGAGGAGAGACCUAGAGAACACUGAGGAGAGACCUAGAGAACACUGAGGAGAGACCUAGAGAACACUGAGGAGAGACCUAGAGAACACUGAGGAGAGACCUAGAGAACACUGAGAGGAGAGACCUAGAGAACACUGAGGAGAGACCUAGAGAACACUGAGAGAGAGACCUAGAGAACACUGAGAGGAGAGACCUAGAGAACACUGAGAGGAGAGACCUAGAGAACACUGAGAGGAGAGACCUAGAGAACACUGAGGAGAACCUAGAGAACACUGAGGAGAGACAUAGAGAACACUGAGGAGAGACCUAGAGAACACUGAGGAGAGACCUAGAGAACAAUGAGGAGAGACCUAGAGAACACUGAGAGGAGAGACCUAGAGAACACUGAGAGGAGAGACCUAGAGAACACUGACGAGAGACCUAGAGAACACUGACGAGAGACCUAGAGAACACUGACGAGAGACCUAGAGAACACUGAGGAGAGACCUAGAGAACACAGAGGAGAGACCUAGAGACCACUGAGGAGAUACCUAGAGAACACUGAGAGGAGAGACCUAGAGAACACUGAGAGGAGAGACCUAGAGAAACACUGAGAGGAGAGACCUAUAGAACACUGAGGAGAGACCUAGAGAACAGUGAGAGUCAUGAGAACACUGAGGAGAGACAUAGAUAACACUGAGGAGAGACCUAGAGAACACUGAGGAGAGACCUAGAGAACACUGAGAGACCUAGAGAACACUGAGAGACCUAGAGAACACUGAGAGACCUAGAGAACACUGAGGAGAGACAUAGAUAACACUGAGAGGAGACCUAGAGAACACUGAGAGGAGAGACCUAGAGAACACUGAGAGGAGAGACCUAGAGAACACUGAGAGGAGAGACCUAGAGAACACUGAGGAGAGAUCUAGAGAACACUGAGGAGAGACCUAGAGAACACUGAGGAGAGACCUAAAGAACACAGAGGAGAGACCUAGAGAACACAGAGGAGAGACCUAGAGACCACUGAGGAGAUACCUAGAGAACACUGAGAGGAGAGACCUAGAGAACACUGAGAGGAGAGACCUAGAGAACACUGAGAGGAGAGACCUAUAGAACACUGAGGAGAGACCUAGAGAACAGUGAGAGUCAUGAGAACACUGAGGAGAGACAUAGAUAACACUGAGGAGAGACCUAGAGAACACUGAGGAGAGACCUAGAGAACACUGAGAGACCUAGAGAACACUGAGAGACCUAGAGAACACUGAGGAGAGACAUAGAUAACACUGAGAGGAGACCUAGAGAACACUGAGAGGAGACCUAGAGAACACUGAGAGGAGAGACCUAGAGAACACUGAGAGGAGAGACCUAGAGAACACUGAGGAGAGAUCUAGAGAACACUGAGGAGAGACCUAGAGAACACUGAGGAGAGACCUAGAGAACACUGAGGAGAGACCUAGAGAACACUGAGAGGAGAGACCUAGAGAACACUGAGAGGAGAGACCUAGAGAACACUGAGAGGAGAGACCUAGAGAACACUGAGGAGAGACCUAGAGAACACUGAGGAGAGACCUAGAGAACACUGAGAGGAGAGACCUAGAGAACACUGAGAGGAGAGACCUAGAGAACACUGAGAGGAGAGACCUAGAGAACACUGAGAGGAGAGACCUAUAGAACACUGAGGAGAGACCUAGAGAACACUGAGAGUCAUGAGAACACUGAGGAGAGACAUAGAGAACACUGAGGAGAGACCUAGAGAACACGGAGGAGAGACCUAGAGAACACUGAGAGACCUAGAGAACACUGAGGAGAGACCUAGAGAACACUGAGGAGAGACCUAGAGAACACUGAGGAGAGACCUAGAGAACACUGAGGAGAGACCUAGAGAACACUGAAGAGAGACAUAGAGAACCCUGAGAGGAGAGACAUAGAGAACACUGAGAGACCUAGAGAACACUGAGGAGAGACCUAGAGAACACUGACAGGAGAGACCUAGAGAACACUGAGGAGAGACCUAGAGAACACUGAGGAGAGACCUAGAGAACACUGAGGAGAGACCUAGAAAACUCUGAGGAGAGACCUAGAGAACACUGAGAGGAGAGACCUAGAGAACACUGAGAGGAGAGACCUAGAGAACACUGAGGAGAGACAUAGAGAACACUGAGAGGAGAGAGAACACUGAGAGGAGAGACCUAGAGAACACUGAGAGGAGAGACCUAGAGAACACUGAGAGGAGAGACCUGGAGAACACUGAGAGGAGAGACCUGGAGAACACUGAGGAGAGACCUGGAGAACACUGAGGAGAGACCUAGAGAACACUGAGAGGAGAGACCUAGAGAACACUGAGGAGAGACCUAGAGAACACUGAGAAAAGAGACCUAGAGAACACUGAGAGGAGAGACCUAGAGAACACUGAGAGGAGAGACCUAGAGAACACUGAGAGGAGAGACCUAGAGAACACUGAGGAGAGACCUAGAGAACACUGAGAGACCUAGAGAACACUGAGGAGAGUCAUAUAGAACAGUGAGGAGAGACAUAGAGAACACUGAGGAGAGACCUAGAGAACACUGAGAGGAGAGACCUAUAGAACACUGAGAGGAGAGACCUAGAGAACACUGAGGAGAGACAUAGAGAACACUGAGGAGAGACCUAGAGAACACUGAGAGACCUAGAGAACACUGGGAGACCUAGAGAACACUGAGGAGAGUCAUAGAGAACAGUGAGGAGAGACAUAGAGAACGCUGAGGAGAGACCUAGAGAACACGGAGGAGAGACCUAGAGAACACUGAGAGUCAUGAGAACACUGAGGAGAGACAUAGAGAACACUGAGGAGAGACCUAGAGAACACGGAGGAGAGACCUAGAGAACACGGAGGAGAGACCUAGAGAACACUGAGAGACCUAGAGAACACUGAGGAGAGACCUAGAGAACACUGAGGAGAGACCUAGAGAACACUGAGAGGAGAGACCUAGAGAACACUGAAGAGAGACAUAGAGAACCCUGAGAGGAGAGACAGAGAACACUGAGAGACCUAGAGAACACUGAGGAGAGACCUAGAGAACACUGACAGGAGAGACCUAGAGAACACUGAGGAGAGACCUAGAGAACACGGAGGAGAGACCUAGAGAACACUGAGGAGAGACCUAGAAAACUCUGAGGAGAGACCUAGAGAACACUGAGAGGAGAGACCUAGAGAACACUGAGGAGAGACAUAGAGAGCACUGAGAGGAGAGACCUAGAGAACACUGAGAGGAGAGACCUAGAGAACACUGAGAGGAGAGACCUAGAGAACACUGAGAGGAGAGACCUGGAGAACACUGAGAGGAGAGACCUGGAGAACACUGAGGAGAGACCUGGAGAACACUGAGGAGAGACCUAGAGAACACUGAGAGGAGAGACCUAGAGAACACUGAGGAGAGACCUAGAGAACACUGAGAGGAAAGACCUAGAGAACACUGAGAGGAGAGACCUAGAGAACACUGAGAGGAGAGACCUAGAGAACACUGAGGAGAGACCUAGAGAACACUGAGAGACCUAGAGAACACUGAGGAGAGUCAUAUAGAACAGUGAGGAGAGACAUAGAGAACACUGAGGAGAGACCUAGAGAACACUGAGAGGAGAGACCUAGAAAACACUGAGAGGAGAGACCUAGAGAACACUGAGGAGAGACAUAGAGAACACUGAGGAGAGACCUAGAGAACACUGAGAGACCUAGAGAACACUGGGAGACCUAGAGAACACUGAGGAGAGUCAUAGAGAACAGUGAGGAGAGACAUAGAGAACACUGAGGAGAGACCUAGAGAACACGGAGGAGAGACCUAGAGAACACUGAGAGUCAUGAGAACACUGAGGAGAGACAUAGAGAACACUGAGGAGAGACAUAGAGAACACUGAGGAGAGACCUAGAGAACACUGAGGAGAGACCUAGAAAACUCUGAGGAGAGACCUAGAGAACACUGAGAGGAGAGACCUAGAGAACACAGAGGAGAGACCUAGAGAACACAGAGGAGAGACCUAGAGAACACUGAGGAGAGACCUAGAGAACACUGAGGAGAGACAUAGCUAAUACUGCUCCUCUGAGAGGAGAUACAUAGAGAACACUGCUCCACUCCUCCCUCUGCUGGUUCAACUUUGUAACUACACUGAGUAGUUCAGUGUUCUUUAUUAGUUACAUAUGGUACAUCUACAAGUUGGUUGGAGAAUCUCAGCAAUGCAGUCAGGGUGUCAUAACUCCCUCACCACUCACAGGAAGGGUUUGAUCUUCUCCUGGGGAUUGAUGCUUCUCAGCGGUUAAUCACCCUGUUGCAAUGUGGUGUCAAUUAGAGAGCGGGACAGAUGGGUUACUGAAUGAGUGAUGUUCAUUCCGCAGUUCCCCCUCAAUAUGGUGUCAGUGAGAGAGAGGGAGAAAGAGGGUGAAAAAGUGUCUGUCUGUGUCCUGCAGAGUUAGGUAUAGACGCAGGUAAAAAUGUUGAUAUUGAUUUCUCUCUCUCUCUCUCUCUCUCUCUCUCUCUCUCUGUCUCUCUCUCUCUCUCUCUCUCUCUCCCUCUCUCUCCAGGGAGGGGCGGUCCAACGCCCACAUUAAAGGAGACUACCAGCGUGUCGGAGACGUCAUGCUGAAGAACAUUCAGGGGUUAAAGGUACAGUACAUGUGGAUAUCGUUCCUACCCUUCAAAAUGUCCUCAGAGUAAUGUAGGACCUGUGGGUUAUAGGUGGAGCCAUCUGAUGAACAUCUAGGAACACCUCAUGAUGUUGAUCAUGAUGAUCACAUGGGGUUGGCAUCUUUACACUAGCAGCUAACAGUCCUCUUUCCCUAACCCCUAAAUCUUCUACCUAACCUACCCCUCUCCUCUCUCUCUGCCCCAGCUAACAGUCCUCUCUCCCUAACCCCUAAAUCUUCUACCUAACCUACCCUCUCCUCUCUCUCUGCCUCAGCUAACAGUUCUCUCUCCCUAACCCCUACAUCUUCUACCUAACCUACCCUCUCCUUUCUCUCUGCCCCAGCUAACAGUCCUCUCUCCCUAACCCUACAUCUUCUACCUAACCUACCCCUCUCUCUCUCUGCCCCAGCUAACAGUCCUCUCUCCCUAACCCCUACAUCUUCUACCUAACCUACCCCUCUCUCUCUCUGCCCCAGCUAACAGUCCUCUCUCCCUAACCCCUAAAUCUUCUACCUAACCUACCCCUCUCCUCUCUCUCUCUGCCCCAGCUAACAGUCCUCUCUCCCUAACCCCUAAAUCUUCUACCUAACCUACCCCUCUCUCUCUCUGCCCCAGCUAACAGUCCUCUCUCCCUAACCCCUAAAUCUUCUACCUAACCUACCCUCUCUCUCUCUGCCCCAGCUAACAGUCCUCUCUCCCUAACCCCUAAAUCUUCUACCUAACCUACCCCUCUCUCUCUCUGCCCCAGCUAACAGUCCUCUCUCCCUAACCCCUAAAUCUUCUACCUAACCUACCCCUCUCCUCUCUCUCUCUGCCCCAGCUAACAGUCCUCUCUCCCUAACCCCUAAAUCUUCUACCUAACCUACCCCUCUCUCUCUCUGCCCCAGCUAACAGUCCUCUCUCCCUAACCCCUAAAUCUUCUACCUAACCUACCCCUCUCUCUCUCUGCCCCAGCUAACAGUCCUCUCUCCCUAACCCCUAAAUCUCUACCUAACCUACCCCUCUCUCUCUCUGCCCUAGCUAACAGUCCUCUCUCCCUAAUCCCUUAAAUAUUCUACCUAACCUACCCCUCUCCUCUCUCUCUCUGCCCCAGCUAACAGUCCUCUUUCUCUAACCCCUAAAUCUUCUACAUAACCUACCCCUCUCCUCUCUCCCUCUCUCUCUCCUUUCUCUCUCUGCCCCAGCUAACAGUCCUCUCUCCCUAACCCCUAAAUCUUCUACCUAACCUACCCCUCUCCUCUCUCUGCCCCAGCAGCAGUUGACGUCCCUCCUGCAGCGUCACGGUGAGGUGUUGGUGGAGUUGGAGCGUUCGUGCCGUUCGUCCCAGCGGCUGGAGGAGGCGUGUCGGGAGUUUGAGCAGCAGAAGGUGUGCUACCUGCCCCUUAACGUGUUCCUGCUGCGCCCCCUGCAUCGCCUUCUGCACUACAAACUGAUUCUGGAGAGACUCUGCAAACACUACCCCCCCACACACCAAGACUUCAGAGACAGCAGAGGUAGGCUACAGCAGAGAGAGAACCCACUCCUCUAGUUGUCCUAGUUGAUAGGGUGUGUGUUAGAGAGAGAACCCACUCCUCUAGUUGUCCUAGUUAAUAUCUCAGAGAUGGUGUGUGUUAGAGAGAGAACCCUCCUCCUCUAGUUGUCCUAGUUAAUAUAUCAGAGAUGGUGUGUGUUAGAGAGAGAACCCUCCUCCUCUAGUUGUCCUAGUUAAUAUAUCAGAGAUGGUGUGUGUUAGAGAGAGAACCCUCCUCCUCUAGUUGUCCUAGUUAAUAUCUCAGAGAUGGUGUGUGUUAGAGAGAGAACCCACCUCCUCUAGUUGUCCUAGUUGAUAUAUCAGAGAUGGUGUGUGUUAGAGAGAGACCCACCCCCUCCUCUAGUUGUCCUAGUUAAUGGUCCUCUGUAGCUCAGCUGGUAGAGCACGGCGCUUGUAACGCCAAGGUAGUGGGUUCGAUCCCCGGGACCACCCAUACACAAAAAUGUAUGCACGCAUGACUGUAAGUCGCUUUGGAUAAAAGCGUCUGCUAAAUGGCAUAUUAUUAUUAUUAUUAUUAAUAUAUCAGAGAUGGUGUGUGUUAGAGAGAGAACCCUCCUCCUCUAGUUGUCCUAGUUGAUAUAUCAGAGAUGGUGUGUGUUAGAGAGAGAACCCCCCUCUAGUUGUCCUAGUUGAUAUAUCAGAGAUGGUGUGUGUUAGAGAGAGAACCCCCCUCUAGUUGAGGUGGUGUGUGUUAGAGAGAGAACCCUCCUCCUCUAGUUGUCCUAGUUGAUAUAUCAGAGAUGGUGUGUGUGUACUAAAUCUCCUCCUCUAGCCGCCCUAGCUGAUAUAUCAGAGAUGGUACUGCAGCUUCAGGGAACCAUGAUGAAGAUGGAGAACUUCCAGAAGCUUCUAGAACUGAAGAAAGAUCUGACAGGCAUCCAGGACCUGGCUAUACCGGGCAGGGUGAGGGAACAGUUUUACCUGACUUUGCUCUGACAACUAUUGUACUGAUUUAUUUGAAGUUGUAGUGCAUCAAUCCUCAUGUUGUCCUUUAGUGUCUCUGAUUUACAGAGAUGAUGUUGUUCAUUGUUUACUCAGUGUGUUGUUUAUCUACCCAAUCCAGGAGUUUAUCAGACUGGGAUGUCUCAGCAAGCUCUCAGGGAAAGGACUACAGCAGAGGAUGUUCUUCCUGGUUAGUCAUUACUUCCUACUUCCUGUCACAUGACUCCUCUGCUCCUCACUCACAAUUCAGGUAUCCUAUCCCUCUCUGUGUUCCUCUCUCCCCCUCCAGUUCAGUGAUUCGCUGGUGUACACCAGCAGAGGGAUGACCGCAGACAACCAGUUCAAGGUUCACGGCCAGCUGCCUCUCUACGGCAUGACAGUACGAGUCUCCAGAACCUGA